AAGAGGCAAAUAUGAUUGUAGUAUGUUAGUAGACACGCAAAAUAGUGGUGUAGUACUGGUACAGUGAUGGGUGGUGCUCUUCCGUACGCUAGUUCCAACGGUUCCGAAUCGGGACUCAGGUCACGUGGUCUCUUGUACAUGUUUUCCCUUUCAGGGCAUAGGUCGACGUGCGCGCACCAAUUGCCCAUCGACGUCACCAGCAAUGCAAAAGCAUACUAUCGGAAACGUAAAUUCCAAAACCGUCGUCUACGCAUCUUCGCAAUUUCAACACCCUAUACGCUCUGAACAAUAAGGCCAAGGAACGAUUUCUCUCGCAGAAAAUAUUUUCGGCCGUUCACAAUAAAACAAAGGAAGCCCCUGAAGAUGUCAUGGCUCCCACAUGCACCGCGGAUGAUCUAAUCGCUUCGGGAAUACAAGACUGGAAGCUACCGGUUCCUCCUGAAACGACAGUGCAGUGCCAAUCUCGAUCAUUGGUGCAGGCUUAUUGUGACGUGAGAUUAGAUCGAGUAAUGUAAAGACACACGGGUUAAGGGCUGGAGAACCAGCGACAGCAGAACAAUUCGCCAGGGUUCAUAUACUGUACUGCACUGGUGGGUGUAUCAGGUUACAUUUCACCUGUG